GGGCGGUCGCUGCCGCCCUUGGGAGGUGAGCGGACAUGAGCGGGAAUGGCCGGAGCAAGGCUCUGGAGCUGCUGCGGUCGCUGCCCAGGGUCAGUCUGGCCAACCUAAGGCCCAGCCCAGGCUCCAAAAAGCCGGAGAGAAGACGUGGCCGUGGAAGAUAUGGAGGUAGGAAGUGUGGUCGAGGUCACAAAGGAGAAAGACAAAGAGGAAAUCGCCCCCGAUUAGGCUUUGAGGGUGGUCAAACUCCAUUUUACUUGGCCAUACCAAAAUAUGGGUUUAAUGAGGGACAUAGCCGCAGGCGUCAGUAUCAACCCCUCAGUCUUCAGAGGCUCCAGUACCUGAUUGAUUUGGGCAGAGUUGAUCCCAUGCAACCAAUUGACUUAACACAGCUCACUAAUGCCAGAGGUGUAACAGUGCAACCUCUCAAAAGGGAUUAUGGUGUCCAGCUGGUGGAGGAGGGUGCUGAUAUUUUUUCAGCAAAAGUAAAUAUUGAAGUGCAGUGGGCAUCUGAAUUAGCAAUUGCAGCCGUAGAAAAAAAUGGAGGUGUUGUAACAACAUCGUUCUACGAUCCAAGGAGUUUGGAAAUUUUAUGUAAGCCAGUAGUAUUUUUUCUGCGUGGCCAGCCUAUUCCAAAGCGAAUGCUUCCACCAGAAGAUCUAGUCCGUUACUACACAGAUGCCAGGAAUCGUGGUUACCUGGCAGAUCCAUCUAAGGUUGCGGAAGCCAGACUUGAACUUGCCAAGAAAUACGGCUAUGUCUUACCAGACAUAACGAAGGAUGAGCUCUUCAAAAUGUUAAGUGCACGCAAGGAUCCUCGACAGAUAUUUUUUGGUCUUGCUCCAGGAUGGAUCGUAAACAUGGCAGACAAGAAAAUUCUAAAACCAACUGAUGAGAGGCUGUUAAAAUACUAUAGCUCAUGAAUUCAGGACUGGAGACAACUGCAGGUGUACAGGAAACAUCUGGGUAUGAAAUAAUGGAUACGAAGUGGUGUUUGUUUUUUUUAAGACUCCUGUUACACUAGACAAAACAUAAAUUUUUGUUUAUGUAAUCUUCUGGUGUAGCUCUCAACUUCUUUAUUGUCAUAAUACAGUGUAUGAAAAAUCUUAAUAUUUGGAAACAGUGUAGAGUCUGACAUAAAGAGUGUGUUUGGGCACUUUCUCUUGCAAUGAUUUGCCAGUUAUUUUUUCAGACAAAAUGUUUCAGUGUUGCAUUUAUUUCAGAGGAUGAUUCCAAAGAAUAACUUGACCAAAUAAGUAGUUUAUAUUACCCUCUCUCCCCAAAUUUAAAAUCAGAAAUGUGGCAGUACAAAACUAGUAUUAGUUUUACAAUCAUAUUACAUAACAUUAUGUUUUAGAAAAUGGUAUCUUGAAUACCUCUAAGAGAUAGACCAUCUAUUUUUAGAUGGGGAAAAUUAAGAAUGACCAGAAACAACAAAGUACAGAGGAAUUUAUUAACCUUUUCAAUUCCAUAGCAAUAUUUUGGAUUUUGCCAUUGCCAUCAAUAGCGCUAGAGCUUGAGAGGUCUUGAUUUUUGACUUAUUCCUUCAGAUGGAUUUGAGAAAGACAGGGUGUGCAGUUUAAAAGAACUUUCUAAAUUUAGGAG